AUGCCACGCUCGUUCUUGGUCAAGCGGAGGCAAGCGGCCGGAGCAGGCUGGACAUGGAGGGACAUGGAGACCACACACACACACACAGCAGCGGCUCACACACACACUAGUGUACAGCUGGAUUCUGACUGUACUCCUGAUGUCCAGAAACACACAGCGGCUCCGGCUGCAGCGGCUCUGGAGCGCCACAGAGGGGAUUACGGGAUGGAGAGACUCCCGCCACCACCGCCUGCUGCUUUAUCAUCAUCAGCAGCGCUGCACAAGCCACGGGACGCUGCCUCUGCCGGAUCCUCUGAGUUCCUCUGCUCCGUCUGCCAUAAGCUGUUCCCCCUGCAGCGUAUGCUGACCCGACACCUGAAGUGCCACAGUCUGAUCAAGAGACAUCCCUGCAGAUACUGCGGGAAAGGUUUCAACGACACCUUUGACCUCAAGAGACACAUGCGCACACACACAGGUAUCCGGCCAUACAGGUGUGAUCUGUGUGAGAAGGCAUUCACGCAGCGCUGCUCUCUGGAGUCUCACCUGCGUAAGAUCCAUGGCGUGCAGCAGCAGUAUGCGUACCGCCAGCGCCGCUCCAAGAUCUUCGUGUGUGAGGACUGCGGCUUCACCUCCAGCCGACCCGAUCAGUACUUCCUGCACGUGCGGCAGCAGCACCCCGGCAGCCCCGCCCUGCGCAGGUACUACCGAAAACACAUGCUGGAGGGCCCUGGACCCCACAACAUCGGCCCCUACAUGCUGUAUCCCAGCGCAGGACUCUACAUAUGA